CUUCCAGUUCAUUGAAAAUAUGAACUUUUUUUAACAGAACGACGUUUUUAUAUGUGCGAAAUAUCAAGAAAUAUGAGAUACGAGGCUUGUAUCACAAUUGUCAUAAAAACAUGUUUAUAAUUCGAUAAAAUCAUUGAAAAUGAAAGACUACUUAGCAGAACAUUUUAAGAGAUAGAAAUUUAUUUUGGGGUGAAUCAUAUUCCAUUAUUUUAGAAUUUUCAGAUAUUAAAUUAUCUAAUUGAAAAUAAUCUUAAAUUAGCACACAAAUCAAACAUUCCAAAACUAGAAGAUAUUGUAGUUGUGAGAAAACCUGACUAUACGGUCGAUGAGUCAGUGAACAUUUUAAGCUUUAUUUUAAACGCAUGGACAUAGAAUUGAUCUUGGAUUUAAUCUGAAUUUGUUUGGUCCAACUUUGUCCACUUUCUCUGAAUCUCCACGACAGCCUAACCCCGAAUAAAUUGUACAUUGAUAAAGUCCAGAUGUGAAUCCUGAAUCAAAUGAUCCAACACCAAGAUUUUCACAAGUAUUUCCACUACCGACACCAAUACAGUCACGUGCUCUUGGAUGCCUGCAAACGUUGAUUAUUCCAGGUGUUCUCCCUGGCGGACAGUUCUGUGCUUCCAGUUUAUGGGAGAUAAGGAGUAACACAAAUAAAGGA